AUGGGACAGACACAGCAACCAGAGAACAGUGCGGAGAUUGAUGUCUAAGCACUUCAGGAUAUGUAUAAAAAGUUUGUCAUCGAAUGCCCAAGUGGACAACUUUUUCUACAUGAGUUCAAGCGUUUCUUUGGUGUGGAUCCAACAGGAGAAGCAUCUGAUUAUGCGGAGAACUUGUUUCGAGCGUUUGACAAAAAUGGGGACAACACAAUUGAUUUCCUUGAGUUUGUGGCAGCGUUGAAUCUUGUUUUCCGGGGAGACUUGGAACACAAACUGCGAUGGUCAUUCAAGGUGUAUGACAAAGACAGCAAUGGCUAUGUGGACAGGGAUGAACUACGGUCAAUAAUUGAUAGCAUCUUUCGAGUAAAUAAAGGCACAAAGAUACAACUGACCGAUUCACAGUGCACAUUAGAUGAGGUAGUGGAUCGAAUAUUACAGGCCGUCGACACUGAUGGGGAUGGUCAAAUUAACAUGGAAGAGUUUUUUAGAGGUGCGCAGCAGGAUCCCUGGCUGCUCAGCGUGUUUAAGUUGGACAUGAACCCUGCUGGAUGGGUGCUGGAGCAGAGAAGAAAGAGUGCACACUUCUGA